AUACACAGUCGUUGUUUCCGUUUCCGUGUGCGCCACAAUUGACUUUGGCGCGUUGUUCAAAACAGACCGCGGGUGAAGGGACAGAUUUGCCGCGAUUAUUGUGCUCAGCUGUUUUAAUACAAAAUCAAAAGCAUAAUUGGACUUAUUUGAUCUGGUGAUUUGAAGAUGUUGUCCCGAAAAAGAAAACAUGGCUCUCCUGAUGCUGACAGCAACCCAUCUAAGAAACAAAUAACAAGCCCGAGAAACUCUCCAAGAAGGGCCACUCGACAAAAAGAGAACAUUCCCAUCUCGCUAGCAUCACCCCAAAAGAUUCUCAGUACACCUAAGAAGAAGCAGAGGACGACUUCCCUAGAAUCUCCUCCGAAGCGGAUCUCGCCUCGCAAAACAGUUUUGGGAGCAGGGUCCUUCUACAGCAAGCAGAAACCUCUUUAUCUCACACCUCUGGAAAGAAAGCUCUUAAAGGAAACCAAGUCACCACCAUCAGUCCCUAGCAAAGAACCAUUACGUCUUCCUUUGACUAGUGGGAAUCCUGUUAAAAAACCAGUGAAGAAGGUUCAAAAGAAAGGCCCUGCUGCAAAUCCACAGUCUAACCUAAAAGGCUACUUCACUGCUAAGCCCAAAGGGAAAAGUCCCUCUGACGCACAAACAGAUCAGUCGUUAAAAACCACAAUGCCCCCAAUUACAUUUAGCAGUAUGAAAUCCAAAGGUAAACCCAAGCUGGUUGUGGGAGCAGCUUUCUUCAGCACUGGAAAAAAGCCAACGUCGAUGUUCAAAAAGUCUGCACAGAAUAUAAAGCCUAAACAGCCCUCAACCUUUGAGAAGCCCAACUCUCAGAAACCCGCAAAGGAGAAGGAAGUGCAGACAGCACCAGGAGAACGUUCCCCAGUCCGCCAUGCCGUCUUCGUAAAAAAACACCCAAAAACAGACAACACUACUAAAGUUACCAUUGAUAAAGAUGCUGAGAGCAGCGAGUCAACGCAAGUGAUGUCGAGCCCCCAACGUAUGUCCCCUCACAUCCUGGCAGAUCUGCAUGGUAUUACCAAAGAGUUAAAGGUGGUUUUGAGGAGAUCUGUUAGUCCCAGCAGAUCCACUGAAGCUGGUAGCCAGGACUCGCCCACAAAAACAGAUUCAGUGUUUGAUUUGAGUGACAUACCACCACCAGAUCACAACAGCUCUCUUGAUGAAGAAGAGUCGUCUGUCUAUCCCAUCUUUGGCAGUAAGAGAUCUCAGAAAAGGGGGGUUUUGUCACCACCACUGAACACCAGCACUCCUUCUGCGCUGACUGGUGCUCCUGCUCUUAAGGCCAAAGAGAGGUCUGCCUUGAGAAGAGAGAUGAAGAAGCAAACGGAUAACCAGCUCAUCAUUGAUGCUGGUCAGAAGCAGUUCGGUGCCACCACAUGUGGGUCCUGUGGGAUGCUGUACAGUACAGACAGUCCUGAGGACAACUUCCAGCACACACAGUUCCAUCAACGCUUCUUGGACACUAUUAAGUUUGUGGGCUGGAAAAAAGAGAGGGUUGUGGCCGAGUUCUGGGAUGGAAAGAUCAUCCUCGUUCUUCCUGAUGAUCCAAAGUAUGCCACAAAAAAGGCAGAGGAUGUGAGACGGAUCGCAGACACUGAACUGGGCUUUCAGCAGAUCACUCUUAGUAGUCCGAGCUCUGCUAAAACCUACCUGUUCAUUAACAGCGACAGGAUGGUGGUGGGAUGUCUGGUGGCCGAAAAUGUUAGACAGGCUUUUCGGGUGCUGGAGCAGCAAGAGAAACCCAAAGACAUGAACAAGGAGGAUUUCAUGGAGCACCACAGAGCCUGGUGCUGCUCUACCGUGCCGGAAAAAGCCAUCUGUGGUGUCAGUCGCAUUUGGGUUUUCAGUCUAAUGAGGAGGAAGAGCAUCGCCACUCGCCUUCUGGACACUGCCAGGACUACUUUUAUGUACGGGAGCCACCUGACCAAAGAGGAAAUCGCCUUCUCUGACCCCACACCAGAAGGGAAGCUGUUUGCUACAAAGUACUGCGAGACGCCAACGUUUCUAGUGUACAACUUUAUCAGUUAAAGGAAAACAUUUCCUGUAAGUUUUAGUAUGACUGCAUUUGUUAAUGCUUUUGUAAGUUUUUAAUAGAUGAUAAAUUGUUAGAUGUUCAAAUGACGUUCAGUCUACAAUAUGAGAUUGCUCUGGAGAAAUCAGUGUUCUUCUGUUGUGUACAUUUGAUGGAUUGCCUUUGACAAGGUUCAUUAAUUCAUAUUUAAGGCACAGUUUACAUUGGCACAAUUGUGAGUUCUGUUAACUAUAAAUGAGCAUGGCCUAAAGAUUCCUGUUUGGACAAUUAGACUGUCAUAAUUGGUUAAAGUUGGUGUAAAAUGAACAAAAGCUUUCAAUUUAACUGUUCAUUGCUUUUGACUUUGUACAUAAUUUUUAAAUAAAUGUACUGCAUAUUCAUAUUCACAAAUAUAUAUCUUAUAGAUGCUGCAGGAAAGGGGGUUCAUGGCAUUGAAAAAAAACACAUUACCUCAAAGAUAUUUG